GGGGGCUUCGGUUUGAUGAGUGAAUGCCAGGGUCAGCUGGUCACAGCUGCUCAUGCACCUCCCCAACCCUCAGUCCUCCUGACCGACAAGGAGGGGAGACAGCUGUCGCCCGACGAGGCACUGGAUGAGGCCGUGCCUGAGUACCGGGCCCCGGGGAGGAAGAGCCUCCAGGAGAUCCAGCAGCUGGACCCUGAUGACGAGAGCCUGGUCAAGUACAAGCGGGCACUGCUGGGGCCCCUGCCACCUCUCGUGGACCCGAGCCUGCCUAAUGUGCAGGUGACCAGGCUGACGUUGAUGUCUGAGCAGGCUCCAGGGCCCAUCACCAUGGACCUCACAGGGGAGCUGGCCGCGCUGAAAAACCAGGUGUUUGUCCUGAAGGAGGGUGUGGAUUACAAAGUGAAGAUUACCUUUAAGGUCAAUAAGGAGAUCGUCAGUGGCCUCAAGUGUCUGCAUCACACCUACCGCCAGGGCCUGCGUGUGGACAAGGCGGUGUACAUGGUGGGCAGUUACGGCCCUAGCGCCCAGGAGUAUGAGUUUGUGACCCCGGUGGAGGAGGUGCCUCGAGGAGCCUUGGUGCGGGGUGCCUACGUGGUCACGUCCUUCUUCACUGACGAUGACAGGACAGACCACAUGUCCUGGGAGUGGGGCCUCCACAUCUGCCAGGACUGGAAGAGCUGAACGUCCCCUACCCCGGGGGCUGUCCUCAGCCCACCUGGGGUCCUCGUUUUCCCCUGCCCCUGCAGUCAGUGACCACACCCCCACACCCUCUGCUCCGGUCCUGGGACACCCCCUUCCUGGGCUGGCACUGUGCCCUGAACAGUCCUAUUAAACGUCACCUUGUCUCGGU